UAUCAUCAUAAUCAUGUAUGUCAUGACGCUCUUUCUGAUGACCAGCAAGAUUGCCAGGCUUGGCAUCGAAUCCACUCCGGAAUAGCGGUUGGAGAGCGAUGGCGAGAUGGGUAACUUCAGCCUGAUCUCCCUCGUCCGGAUAAUCUCUCAACUGCACAUCCUCCCUCAGCCACUGCCGCCUAUCAUCGCAACAUGGAAAGUGAUCAGCCUCAUCUCUCCCCACUGCGUAAAUUCACCUCCGCGGUGCGCUGGAGCUGGUAUGCCAUCUCGCUCAGCUGGGGCGGAAUCGCCGUGCUGCUGCACCAGACGCCGCACCAAUUCACGGGGCUGAAUACCAUCGGCACGAUUGUCUUCAUCGCCAACCUGGUCAUCUACGCGACUAUCACGGCUGCCUUCAUCUUCGAGGCGAUCAGCCCGAGCCCGACCGGCAAGGGCACGCCCGACUUCACCGAGCGCGUGCUGCACAUUCAGCAAAUGACGGACCUCUACUUCAUCCCAAUCUCAUUACUGGCCUUCGCCGCCAUCGUGUUCGGCGUCUCUUACUACGGCACACCGCACUGCGGCCAAUGGCUGAUCCUGACGCUGCACGCGCUCUUCUGGGUGUACACAGGGGUGGCGCUGAUCCUGUGCAUCGUGCUGACGUGGGUGAUCCCCCACACCAAGACGACGCCGGAGCAGCACUACCCGAUCGUGGAGAUCCUGCCGUUCUUCCCGCCAAUGCUCAGCGGCACGAUGGCGGGCAUCCUGGCGCCGAACCAGCCGCCCAACCUGGCCGUGCCGAUGCUGGUUGGCGGCACAACCAUGCAGGGGCUGGGCAUCCUGAUGUUCUUCGUGAUAUUGGCGCAGACGGCGCACACACUGACGCACAGUGGGCUGCCCAUCGGCAAAUUCCGCCCGGAGAUGUUCAUCGCUGUCGGCCCGCCGUGCUUCACUAUCAUCGCCUGGUACGGCAUGGCCUCGGCCGCCAUCGAGAAGAUGCCGGAUUACUACCUCUCCAAGGCCAGUAGCGUGCACACCGCCGACGUGUUAUAUAUCCUGGCCAUCGUCGCCGGCGUCAGUCUCUGGGUGCUCGCUUUUGUGCAGUUCGCCCUCGCCGUCAUCAGCAUGGCCGACGCCAUGCUCCGCCGCACCAUCCAGUUUGAGGUCAACUGGUGGAGCAUGGUCUUCCCCUUGACCGGCUUCGUGCUCUCCACCUGUAAUCUGGGCCUGGCGCUGAACUCGCCCGCGGUCACCUGGGUCGGCUCGGCCAUGACCAUCGGGCAGGUUGCGCUGUGGUUGGUGAUCAGUGGGUGUCAGAUCGUCUUGUGGGUUAGGAAGGGAUGGUGAGUGUUUGUGCUUCAAGUUCAUGUUUGGCGAAGCCAUAGAUCGCAUGCGAACUGGGAUUCAGAUGUUAUAUUCAAGGAGAUGUUCAAAUGUCUUUCCACAGGCUCUGGUAGCUUUUUUUUCUUUUCUUUUUGUCGGAGUCUAAACUCAAGUCGAUGGCGAAAACAUGUUUAGAAUAGAUUAGAUGUAUUGCUUCGCAGCGUUUAUGUUCGCAUGUCUCUCAAGCAGAUUGCUAUAAUGCUUUAGAUCUGGAAAAU